GCUUUUCGUAGUUAUUUUUGUACCGAAAUAAUAAGUGAUGAUUUCGCGGCGAUUUUAAAGCGAAAAUAAAAGCGGACGUUUAGUUUUCAUUAAAGCAAAUAACGCAGAUAAUAGUUAAUUAAGUAUGUAAACAGCUGUGAAGAUCCCGCGUUAGGAUAAAAUAUUGUUGUUGAACGGUAACUGAAGUACCGGCCGAGCUAAAGCUGCGCAUUCCAUUAAAAGCGUAUGGCUGUAUACAACAGCGAAGAAUGUAUUGUUGAAUGUGGUUACGAUAAAAAUCGCACCGGAUUAUUGUAAAAUGUGACUGAUCCGCGUGUUCUGAAAAAUGGGACGGUCAAAAUUUCCGGGUAAACCAUCGAAACAUGUCAAUAGAACCCGCAUAAACGUACUGUGCACACCGCUUCAGACAACAACAGUUGGUGAUAGUAACAAUGUUGUGACAGUUGAUACGAAUGAAUCGGAAAAGGAAGUGAUUCAACAACCUGAAUUGAGUACUGAUGAUCAAAGGGAAAUUGAAGAAGAUGAAUCAAUACCUCGGCGAAAACGUGCAAAGUUAUUAAAGAAACGAGCUGCUGCGCUGAAACGAAAUGGAAUGCUCCAAGGAAAACUGUCGGGGCAAGUAUCGCGAAGAACGCGGAGCGCCGUUACAAAUCGUCGAAAUAUGUGCGGUUUUUCAUCGAUACGCGGUAAAGUGUCGAAGACGAAACUGUCGGAGACGAGUACUUUUGGAACGGUUGGUAAAUUUGUUUUGCCAAGCCGAAGCGUGCACUCCUCGCGUGUGAUUAAACCGAAUAAACGAUUUAUAAAUGUGGAGUCAAACGAGGCGCGCGCGUUUAAAAAACGUGUUAAUAAACGUCUGCGAGUACGCGAGGAAGAUGUUGGCGAAGGGGAAAAAGAAGAGAACGAUAUUGAGGAUAACGAAGAAGAGGCGAAAGAGAACGAAGUCCUCCCCGCGAAGCAAAAUGCGAAGGGAAAGGUUGUGUUGCGACAGGCGCGGUUACAAUUACAUACGGAAAAUAUGUCGAUGGAAGGUCCAUUUUCGUGCAAUUCUACGAAUAGUUUAAGCAGUCCACCAGGAACGGUUACGUGUGGUGUAUGUGGCGCCGUACGGUUUUAUAGAUUUGUUAAGCAAGCUCGGAAAUUUAAUAUAUACAGUUGUGAAUCAUGUCGAAAAUUCAUUUCAAAAAUGAUUAAACGGCAGAAUAAUUUAAAUUCAACAAACAGUUCGAUAUUAGUUUGUCAUAACGGACAAGGAAUGUGCCAUGUGCCGCCUAUAGUACGUAGCCAACAAUGGAAAUUAUUCAGGUGCGCGUAUCGCGCACGUUGUCCCGCUUGUUGGUUAAAAAUGUGCCUGAAAUCCUUCCAAAUGCCAGCCGGUUUACGCAACAGUUUAGCACAACUCUUGCCGAAAAAUAUGCAAACGUACGAUAUUUUAUUUACAAACUCUUUCUCAUGGCAAUCUUCGUCCACAAACUCCGCAGACGUACAGUCUACAUCAGCAGUGGAUAAAAUCUCAAUCGUUGCAAACAAAGACGACGAGGAAGACCUCGCCGUUCGGAGACGACCAAUUAGGCAAAGCGCUCUUAAAAGAGAUACCACAAAACCGCCCACAAUACCAACUCAACCCGAAAUCAAACGUCAAAAAAUCGAUCUGAAAGGACCGCGCGUCAAACACGUCUGCCGGAGUGCUUCUAUUGUCUUAGGACACCCCAUUGCAACAUUUCCUCUUGAUACAAAGAAAACAGAACUCGACGAAAAACCCGAUACCAAAAAAAUCGAACGGGAACCGAAAACUUUGUUCAGAGAAGACAGCGACGAUACAUCGCAAUCUUCUGGUUCUAUACGAAGCAAAAACGAUAUGAAAUCCGAUUUAGCAAAAGUUCGAAAUAAUAAAACUUUCAUUACUACUUCAAACAAUAAUAAUGUAGCCCCCGAAGUUAAGCCGGUGUCGUACAUUAAAAAGAAUUUAAUAUGCCGUCGUAACACCAUAGCAAUCGAUUUUUGGGAAAACUACGAUCCAGACGAGAUUUGUCGCAACGGUUUCGGAUUAAUGGCUUCGGAAAUGUUCCCAAUGCGAGCGAUUUGUUUCUUAUGCGGUAGCGCCGGACAAGAAACGUUGCUGCAUUGCCUCAUUUGCUGCGAGCCUUAUCAUCCGUACUGUCUUGAACAAGUUCCGGCUAAUUUCCCCGUCGAUGGAAAACACGAUUGGCUUUGCCCGCGAUGCACCACUUGUCAUGCUUGCGGACUUGCCGAUCGCCAAAAAAUCAACUGUCUUAAGUGUCACAAAGCGUAUCAUCCCAAUUGUUUUAAUUCCAUGUGGAAACGAGAUGAUAGACCAACGGUGUGUUCUAAUUGUUUGAGAUGUAAAAGUUGCGGCACGGAGAACAUAAAGAAGUUUGUGGGGAACAUUGCACUUUGUCACGUCUGCUUCAAAUUGAGGAAUAAAGGAAAUUUCUGCCCUUUGUGUCAGAAAUGUUAUGAUGAUAACGAUUUCGAAACAAACAUGAUGGAGUGUGCAAAAUGUAAAAAAUGGGUCCACGCAAACUGCGAAUCACUAGCAGAGGAACAAUACCAAAUUUUAAGUUUGCUACCGGAGUCGGUGGAAUUUUUUUGUCGUCUUUGUUCGAACCAAUCGACGCCAUAUUGGAAAGAAGCGAUUUGUAACGAAUUGAAAGCUUCGUUUAAUCACGUUUUACGUCUUCUCAGCAAAAAUCGCCAAGCGAGAAAUAUGUUGAAAUUAAGUCCGUAUAAAGUAAUGAAUGUAACCGGGCGAACGCCGAUGGCCGUUCGUAAAUUACAAUUUCGAGAGGACGAUAUUGAUAUAAACGAUAAUAAGGAGUUGAGUAAAGAAUCUCAAGACGAGGAUAAUCUAAAACAAGAAUCUAAAACGCCGGUUUCGCCGACGAUGGUCGAUAUUAAAAAUAAAUUAAACUCGAAUGAAUACGUUUCGUUGCAAGAAUUUAACGCGGGGAUGGAACAUGCUUUAGAAGCUGCAGAUUCCGAGUUAUUAACCAUUUAUCGUUCCGUAUUAAAAGAGGUUUUUCCGUGGUAUAAUCCAACGGAUAAGUUGAAAGAAGAAAAUGUUCAAACUACAACGAAUAAUGUACCUUUACAAAGCUCUCUCAAUACUCCGAAAAGAUAUAAGUUCGAUAACAAGGAUAAAGAUGAUAAAGUAGAUAAUAGAACGUGUGGUUUGUGUAAAAUUAUUGGAGAUGGUUUACCAGAUCACGAAGGACGUUUAUUGUAUUGUGGACAAAACGAAUGGGUGCACGCAAAUUGUGCCUUGUGGUCAUCUGAAGUGUACGAAGAAAUCGACGGUUCACUUCAAAACAUUCACGGAGCGUUAUCGAGAGGUCGUCUUAUAAAAUGUGCCGCGUGUAAACAAAAAGGUGCCAGCGUGGGAUGUUGCGAAAAAGGUUGCCACGAAACUUAUCAUUUUGUGUGCGCCCUAAAUUCAAAUUGUCACUUUUUGCACGACAAAACGGUGUAUUGCUCAACACACGACGUCAAAAACAAGCAAAACUUAUUAACUUGUUCGACUGAUUUUGAUAUUCGCCGAUCGGUUUACGUUGAAAUCGAUCGGAAACGCAAAAAGUUUUGCGAACCCGACAAAAUACAUUUUAUGGUUGGAUCUUUAUCGGUGACAAAUCUUGGCAAAAUUAUUCCACUUCUAUCUGAUGAUUUCGACGCGUUGGUACCCUUAGGUUUUGUGUGUUCUAGACUCUUUUGGUCCACAAUGGAACCCUGGAAAUUAGUUCCUUACAACAUCACAACAACAAUCUUAAAUUCGCAAGUAAACAGCGUUUACAUUGAUAAAAAUUUCACCGUCGAUCAUUCUUUGUCGAAAAACGACGUCGAAGAAAAAUUUAAAGAAAUCGUUACUUGGCAAAAAGAUCUGAGCAAAGAUAACGCCGAAUCUGAAUACGAAGAAGAACAACAAGCGACAGAUUUAUUCUCCCCGGAAAUAACCGACGAAAUUUUUGCCGAUUUCCCUCAAGACCUCCUCGACGGUUUUUCCGAACAAGAUAUGAUGAUGUACGAUGAUCUUUUAAACAUGGAAUUCAAAUCCGACAUGAAUCUUAACGAUAACAUCAUCAACCCCGAUAAAAAGGAUUUCUCAGAAGAAGAUAGUGACAGCAAAACAUCGCGGGAAUUAAAACGAAGCAAAUCGGAAGUAUUUAAUCAAUUCGGAAAUAAAAAUCGAAGCCAUCAGCGAUCUUGCAGCUUAACGUUGAGUUGCAAAUUAGAUAAUUCUUUAACCCCCGCAAUUAAAAAGCGAAAAAUUAACCCUAGAGACAAUAUGUUUUUUCAAUUAUUACAAGUCGACGGUGCGUGCGAUUCGAGUGGGAGCGAAUGUGGGUCUCCAAUUCACGAAACGGAACACAUGUGGACGUGCGAAUCCUCGGAAGAACCGGUUACUUGCGAACGUUGUCAAUGCACGUAUCGUACGAGAGCCAGUUAUAAGCGCCAUUUAGAAGCUUGCGACGCUUUAUCAACCAGCGAAAGUGACUCGGAAGAACAUCACAAUAACGAAAAUCUUAUAAUAACGCAAGACGUUAUUAACUCAACCCAACCCAACGUUAUAACAUCAUUCGAAUCGUUUAGUUCGUUCCAAACGACGCAAAACGAAGUGCAUUCGACCAUUUUAAACACUCAAACUGUGGUCACGGAAGCGACAUCCGAAGUUAUCACUGUACCUGAAAACGCCAACGUUAUUUAUCCCACGUUUCAGCAGCAAGUUGUUGAGCACAAAAGUAAUGUCCCGACAAUAACUCACGAAGGAAUUACUUUAAACGGCUUAAUCCAAAACACCGAGACUUUAGAGGAACACUCUCAAACAAACAGCAACAUAACGAUUAAUCAAACGCAAAUGUCAACAACCCAACCAAGCUUUUGCAUAAAUCAGCAACCCAUUUGUAUGAACCAAUCGAAUUUAUCGCUUAACCACGGAUUAAUUUCCUUGGAUUCGAACUCAAUUCCCAUAACGAUAAAUCAAUCCGGUUCUAUUUCCCUAAAUCAAAACUCUUUACCCGUCGAAAUCCAACAGCCGGUUACGAUACAAUCGCUUCCGUUCACUACACCGGAAGUCGCCACACCGAUAUUAAACAUAACGCCCCAAAACCAAAUCACAAUCGACGCCAAAAUGUUGCCAUGUUCCAACAUCGUAAAUUCCGUUGUAGCCCAAACUGUAACAGUGCCCCAAAACCAAUUAUUUAAAUCGUUAAUUAAACCGACGAUUGUGGCGCAAAAAUCGAUUCGGCCGCGAGCUAAACCAAGAAAUUUAGCCGCCAAAACUAACCGAUUACCCACGGGGAGUACGAUAAUCAUGCCGCAAACGAGUCAAUCUGCACCGGUUAUUGUGCAACACCUCCCAACGUCGAAUAUGGUCCCGUUUGUAGACGCUUUCCAACAACAAUCGGGUCAAAACGUUCAAUAUGUUGCAACAAUCGCGCCUCAACCGCACCUCGUCCAAAUACAACCCGAAAAUAAUUUUUUAAGCCUCGUAAAUGGAGUCCAACCAACAAUGAUUAUUCAACAACCCCGCGUAGUCGCAGACCAAUUAAUAGUAGACGGAAACGGCUCUAUGGUGUGGGCCACGCAACCGGUUCAACCAGUUUAUUACGGCUUCGAAACGAUCGUCCAUAACACCGUUAUGCAAUCACAACAAUAUUUACCUACAACAAUGCCCGGCGUACUUACAACAAAUAGCAGCUAUUCCGCAACAACCCAAGUAUUCCAAACGAGCAAAUUAGAACCGGUUAUUGAUGUCGGCCAAGGCGGAUUUGUGUUGGUUAAUUCCGGACAAACGGUGAAUCCAACGAUUCAAAUGCCGCUACAAAUUUCCCAAAACCAAAUUUCACAAAAUCAAAUUUCUCAAAAUCAAAUUUCACAAAAUCAAAUUUCACAAAAUCAAAUUUCCCAAAAUCAAAUUUCAGUGCCCCAACACGUCCAAACAAGUCGGAUCGAACCAAAAGUGCAACAAUACACAAUUGAACCCCAACGAACGGAUGUUCAAGCUUCGCAAUAUAUCCACCGCCCCCAACCGAAACCCCAAAUUCCACAGAUUAAUAAUCAACACUGCAUCACACUCCCCGUCGCUCCUUUCGUCCCCGAGCAAGGAAUUCCAACGAACAUCGUUACACCCACUCCUAAACCGCCGACAACGACUCAAUCGCGACCUAUGAGCCGCGUUUUGCCGAUGCAAACAAACGCUUCGCGGGAACAAAAGAAAUUGCCUAUCGUCGAGGAGAAACCUGUUGAGAUAAUCAAAGAAAACAUUCUUGCGAAUUUUAAGCCGAAAAUAACGCUAGUGGAAAACAUUGUUAUUAAAGAUGACAAUCGAAUCGUUCCAAAAAUCGAAAAAUCCGAGCGAAAUGAAAAGGUCGAUCCAAUCAAAUUAACUCCCCCCGUAAAAAUCGAGAAAAUCAAAUCAAUUCCUUUAGUCCUAAAAGAUGUAAUUGAAGCGAAAAAGGAGAAGCAGCUCGAGAUUAAAAACUUUCAAAAUCAAAAGUUGGCCCCGAAACCGAGCGUGACGAAAAGUAUGCCGCAGCUUGUAGAUACUGUAAAUAUUAAAAACAUGUCUCAAAAAUUAGACAUCUUUAAAACCGUUAGUCAACAAGUUAAUCCUAAAUCGAUACAAACAAUUGAAAAGGAUCCAAAGGAAAUCGUACCCAGCCCAUUACAAGAGGCAAAAAUUGAUAUUUCUAGUCCGUUAGAUAUUACGAAAUUUGAUGUACCCAAAACGUUUAGUGAUCCUUUAAACAUCACUAAGAACAGCGUAGAUACAAACAAGCCCGACCCAACAUUCAAAAUAACAAUUUUAGAAAAAGAAAACGUCCCCACCAUAGUCCCAAAUGACAUCAAAGAACUACAACCAUCCAUACAAGUAACUAUUAAACCACCAAAAUCCGAAGACAAGAGUAUGCCCCUUCUUGAAAUAACCGACGAAAAACUCGAACCACCUCUCGAAUCAAACAUAAUCCUACCAAAACAACCAAAAAUCGCGGAAAAACCCGUAAUCAUAGAAAAACCAAUUAUAGAAAAAUCAAUCAUUGAAAAACCAACUUCAACAGCGUCUAAAACUACCAAUAACGGCACCGCUAUUUUGUAUACAGUCGAAACAAAAGACGGUUUUCGUUAUUCGUCAACUUCGUUGUACGAGCUUUGGUCGAAAGUUUUUGAUGCCGUACAAUCAGCUAGAACCGCUCACAACAUGUCUCCGCUACCGGCUAAUGCCCUCGACAUGAUUAAUAACCUCCAAUUAUUAGGAUUAAAAACCAACGGACUUCGAUAUUUGCUGGAACAACUCCCAGGAGCGAGCAAAUGCACCAAAUAUAAACCGUCCUUUCACGUGCGAGCAUCAACAGAUGAUUCCGACGACGACAUCGAAAUUGGUAGCUCUUCUGGUGCCGCUAGAACCGUUCCCUAUGCUCGGAAAAAAGAUCAUACCGAUAUGUUUGGAUGGUUGGCAUCAAAACAUCGAAAACCGGAACAUUAUGUCAAAGAUACGGAUUUGUUACCGAGGCGUGGAUCUGUAACAAAUCUCCCGAUGGCGAUGAGAUUCCGCCAAUUGAAGCUUACUUCUAAAAAAUCCGUGGGAGUUUACCGCUCAAACAUCCAUCGAAGAGGAUUAUUUUCUUUACGCGAUUUCGAAUCAGGAGAAAUGGUGAUUGAAUACGCUGGAGAGGUGAUUCGAUCAAUUUUAACCGAUAAGCGAGAAAAAUCUUACAAUGCUAAAGGAAUUGGUUGUUACAUGUUUCGUGUUGAUGAUAAUUUGGUCGUUGAUGCAACGAUGAAGGGUAACGCAGCUCGUUUUAUCAAUCAUUCAUGUGAUCCAAAUUGUUAUUCAAAAGUGGUUGAGAUUCACGGUCACAAGCAUAUAAUAAUAUUCGCGUUGCGCAGAAUUUGUUACGGUGAAGAGUUAACUUAUGACUACAAGUUCCCAUUUGAAGAGGAUAAAAUUCCCUGUACCUGCGGAGCCCGCCGUUGCCGCAAGUUCCUUAACUGACAUCUAACUAUAGAUGUUUACAUCAAUAUAAUAAUAAAAUAAAAUCUUGAAGAGAUGAUGGUCUAGAAGGAUUUUUUUAUAUUUUAUUAUUAUCGCUAUUUUAUAUAAAAUAAAAAUGACCCUGACGUUUACUCUGUUUAUACAGUGUCAUUUGAUUAAAACAAAAAAAUAUGUAAUACUAGUUCAUUAAGAUGUAUAGUGUACAUAAAAAAACAUACGUCCUUCCCCACCCCUAAAAUAACUAUACUCUUAUUAGUUAUGUUUUAUGAUUCGUCGUGUACUAUUACUUUAUAGUUGCUGUUUAUUUUAUUUUUUUUUUUAAGCGCAGCCAAGUAACGCUGGCCUCGUUCGGAUUUCGAAUUCUUUUUGAUAUAAAACGAUAGGUUGUAGUGGAAAAAAAUAAUUAAAAAAAAUCGUCAGUAUUUUGCAUUUCUUAAAAGUAUUUUGGCUGUGAAAAACGAUGCAUUUCGUGCCAUUGACAGGGCCCGCGUCACCGAGCGCGACUUUUCGUUUUGUACGUAUAAUUAAAAGGAAAAACGUUUCUUGUGAUAGUUUCCAGUCUUUUAGAAAAGAAAAAGAUCACGCCGCUUUUUGUUCAUAAUAUAUUAAUAACGUUUUCAUUGUGACGUAGUGUUCAUUUUCGAUUGGUGGAGUUUUUUAACAAUUUUACGCUGUACAUUCUGUAUUAUAAUAUAUAAAUAUAUAUAAAUACAA